UCUCCAAAGCUUCACACCAGCUCCCAUCCCUUCCUUCCUUCCAUGGCCGCCUGAUUUUUCCACACAAAUCUAUCUCUCUCUCUCGCUCUCUAGAUUAAUCAUAGAUACAUCUUAAAAAGGGAGUUUCGAUGGCGGUGGAGAUGAUGGGGUUCGGGAAGAUGGAGGAGCAGAUGGCGAUACAAGAGGCGGCUUCGGCUGGGUUGAAGAGCAUGGAGCAUCUAAUUCGUAUUAUGUCUCAACGCUCUCACCACACCCAACCGCAGUUUACUUCUAGUUCUAAUCAUCAGUUGGAUUGCAGAGAACUCACCGAUUUCACCGUCUCCAAGUUCAAGAAGGUCGUCCCCGUGUUGAACCGGACCGGCCACGCUCGAUUCCGCCGCGGACCGACUUGUCCUUCCUCGUCUUCGACUUCGGCUACGUCUCAGUCUCAGAUCCAGACCCUCGCAACGGCACCGCCCGCACAGGCUCCGGCGAGCUUUGCGCAGUCGCAGCCGCAACCGCAAACGCUGACUCUUGACUUCACCAAGCCGAAUCUGAUGAAUCCGAGCCCCAAAGGCAGCGAGGUGGUGGUCUUGCCGAGUCAGUUCACGAAGGAGACCUUCAGCAUAUCCCCGCCGAUGUCGUCGACAAACUCCUCGUUCAUGUCAUCGAUCACGGCCGAUGGAAGCGUUUCCAACGGGAAACAAGGAUCGUCGCUCUUCUUGUCCCCUGCGCCGGCGCCGGCUUCUUCCGCCGGUAAGCCGCCGCUCUCGAACUCUUCCUACCGGAAGAGGUGCCACGAGCACGAUAACUCCGACAACGUCUCCGGCAAGCUUUCUGGCUCCGGCCGCUGUCACUGCCACAAGAAAAGGAAAUCUCGGGUGAAGAAAGUGAUCAGAGUCCCGGCGAUAAGCUCGAAGGUCGCUGAUAUUCCGCCGGACGAGUACUCUUGGAGGAAGUACGGCCAAAAGCCGAUCAAGGGGUCACCAUACCCACGGGGGUACUACAAGUGCAGUAGCGUGAGAGGCUGUCCGGCGAGGAAGCACGUGGAGAGGGCGACCGAUGAUCCGGCGAUGCUGAUCGUGACAUACGAGGGAGAGCACCGUCACUCCCACGGCGCCGCUCCGGAGAACGUGGCCGGCGGCAUGGUGGAUUUUGUGUUCGAGUCAACGUUAUAAAAAAAAAAAAAUAGAAGAAAAAGGUAGAAGAAGAAGAAGAAGAAGAAGGGGAGGCUUUUGUAAUAUUGGAAUAGUUGAGGUGGCUUGCUGUAAAUGUUUGGUUGGUUAGUCCUAAAAUCAAAUUAAACUCUGGAACAUGCUCUGGCGUCUGGAUCUUUUCGUCGUGGCCCCUGUUAUUUGAUAUAUUUACUACUACUUUUUUUUUGGGUCUAUUUUUAGACAAAAUUCAAGAGGCCAAGGGCUAGAAGUGUAAAUUCAGAAUAUGGCCAUAAAUCAAGGAAGGGGUCCUUCCGUGAAGGUUCCGUUGUUUAGAAAGUCAAAAGUGGUGGUUGGGUUUGGGUCAUUAAUUAUGUUGAAUAUAUAUUCCAUUCAACUCCACAAAUAGCAAGAAAGAAAGGAUUUGUUGACCCCUCUGCAGUCAAAACAUAUUCAAAGAUUAGAAUAUAUGACGAUUGAUUGCA